AGAAUAUCUAGUCCUGGUUCACACAGCCUACACCAUGUCCUCCCGCAUUAUCAAAGUCGCAGUCACCCAAGCUGAGCCGGUCUGGUAUGACCUUCCGGCUACAGUCAAAAAAACGCUCCACUUGAUCGCCGAGGCUGCAUCUAACGGCGCCCGGCUUAUUGCGUUCCCCGAAUGUUGGCUCCCCGGCCACCCUUUGUGGAUUUGGUCGAACCCUGGUGACCCGGAUCUUGGUGUUAAUUAUAUCAAGAACAGUCCAGCUGUAGACUCGCCUGAGAUCGCAGCAGUUCAAGCCUGUGCUCUUGAUAAUAAGAUCGCGGUCUCUUUGGGAUUUUCGGAGAAUGAGAAUAACUCAUUGUAUAUUGCCCAACUCUUCAUCGGGGAGGACGGCGAAAUCAAGGUCCAUCGCCGCAAGAUGAAGCCCUCGCAUAUGGAACGCACCGUAUUCGGAGACUCACUGGCCCAUUGCCUGGACAGCGUGGGCCAACUAUCAUUCGCCCGAGUCGGCGGUCUCAACUGCUGGGAGCACACCCAGCCGUUGCUAAAGUAUAACUCGAUGGCCCAAAAGGAAGAGAUCCAUGUGGGAGCUUGGGCGGUUAACCCCCCACACACUGGUGGACGGGAUCUCUGGUCUACCUGUCUUGAAGGUUGUCACGCGCUCUCUAGCGUAUAUGCUAUCGAGUCUGGCACGUUUGUGCUUCAUUGCACUGCACUUAUCUCAGACGCGGCAGUUGAGAAGACGGGAACUGCUAGUAGCCUGCUACAGUUUAAUAGCGGCGCAGGGGCAUCAGCUGUUUUUGGCCCUGAUGGGAGACGUCUAACUGAAUUGACUGACCCAAAAGAGGAAACUAUCUUGUACGCUGAUUUAGAUAUGGACAGGAUCUUAGAGGCAAGAAUGUUUGCCGAUCCCACUGGACACUACAGUCGUCCAGAUCUGUUGUGGUUAGGUGUGGAUAAGACUUUUAAGAGUGUGGUGAGGGAAGGAAGUGGUGCGCCAGAAGUCGGGGUCAUAG